AUGCUCGCACCCGGGUCCCGGUCGCCGCCGUUGGUGACCACGAGGCAUGGAAAUCUGGCCUCCUCGGGAUCAAGGCCCCCAGUACCGCGCACUGUGCCGACCAAAGCGUUGGCCAACUCUGGGGAUGACAUCGCACGAGCUCCCACCUGGAAAGACACCCUGAAGGGCGCGCUGUUUUGGGCCAAUCCCAAUCACUGGGACAAGGUGCCGCAGUCUUUCCGCUGGAAGCUGACCUUUAUUUUUUUCAAGGUCGUGGGUACCAUUGGUGGCUACCGCGGCCGCGCGGCCUUCGCGCGGAAGAGCGGACUGAAGCCGCUGAUGAAGCGACGAGAGGAAGCGCUGGCAGUGGUUGAGUCCACCACGGAGGCCUCCACUGGACUUUUCCCCAAAGUGGAGCAACGUCUGCGCGAGGCGAAAGACAGCCACGCAGUGGCGGUGCUAUUGCCAGCCUUUGCCAGGACGGCGCAGGACGUGGCGGAGCUUCGUGCCACGCUGGCAGCUUUGGCGCAGCAAACGCGGGAACCAGAUGUGGUGCUGGUCGUGGACGACGGAUCGCUCGCGGAUUUGGAAGCUGCCACCGAAGCCUGGCCCAAUGAUGGCCUGGCAUUGGUAAGGCUUCAGCAAAACGUGGGUCCUGCGGGUGCCCGCAGUGUGGGGCUGCGCUUACUGCGAAAGUGGGCCCGCGGACGAGAGGUGGUGGUCUGUCUGACGGACAGUGACGCCGCUCCGGACGUUCACUGGGUCGAAGAGAUGUGGGAGGCACAACGUGGGAGGCCUGGGAUUCUCUCGGGCCCUACCCUGUCGGUGGACCAAAGUGCCACCGGCCGUUUCCACGACCACUUCGGAAACCUCAACGGACGCUGGUCCUGGGAGGAUCCCAAGGAUGUGCUGCUGUAUGGAUGCACAUGCAACUUCAGCGUGAACCUCAAUUCCGUGGGGAAGGAAGAGUUUGACCCAAUCUUCUCACGUCCAGGGUUUGAGGAUAUUGAAUUCUGCUGGCGCCUACGCGUUGAGAAGAACGUCUUCACCAGGUACUGUGAGAAAGCUCUGAUGUAUCACCAGUACGACCAUGGGCCAGUGGGUCUAUACAGACAGUUCUGGAAGUAUGGUCACACGGAGCCCAUCAUGGCGUGGAUGCAUCCGGAUUUCAGCUUUCAGGGCUCUCGCCCUGUGACCAAAGGCUUCAAAGAUCCGCGCGAUCCGGAGGCGGGUGACUUUGACAAUAUCAAACGCUCAGCCGUGCAAGGCAUUGAUGGCAUGUUCCGAUUCUUCAGCGAUCAAGCAAAGCCGUUGGCACUCAGCCGGUCGCAGCGCAACUGGAGUCCCCUAGCCCUUCCAGCCCUAGCGGCAGCACCACAGCGGGCUGAAAAAAAGGGAAGUGCUUGGGCACGGCAACCUACAGGAUUGAAGGUUCGUUCGUUCCCCAACAGCCUUAGCUCAGGGGUCCCAUCCCAGAUAAAGGUCAAGGCUUAUUACUUCGCCAGCUUCACCUUCUUCGCCAGCUAUGAGAGGUAUGCUACGCUUUACUUCGAAGCCGACGGUUUCAAAGCGUGGCAAAUUGGUUUGCUGAUUGCCGUGCGCCGGGCCAUUCAAACCUUGUCCACCCCAGUGUGGAAUGCAUUGGCUGACAAGACGAAGAAAGCCAGGAGCAUUCAGCUGGCCUGUUUGGUGGCCAGUGGCAUCCCUUUCCUAGCUCUUAGCCUUCCGGUGCGGAACGACUUAAAGGGCCUGGCUUUGCGUGGCACCGCGCUGUGGAUGUUUUCCUUGAUUGGAUCUCCCUCCACUUCCAUGAUGGACGCUGUGGCGCUGGCAGCCUGUCAUCAAGAUGCUCAACGCUGGGGUGACGCGCGCAUUUAUGGCGCGCUGGGGUGGGGCAUGGCACAUCUUCCCCUGGGACUCCUGUUCGAUCGCUAUGGCUUCUGCGUAAUGUUUAUUUCCUUUGCCCUGACAGCUGCGGGGCUGUUUUGGGCAACCCUUGGCAUGCCUGAAGCAUGUGGAGAGGCCACGGGAGAUGUGAGCCUUCGCUCCAUUCUGCGCAUUUUGAGGAGCAACGCGGCCUUCUUCGUGAACAUCACGGUGCUGGGCGCCGGCUUUGCCAUGGUGGAGGGCAUGCUGUUUUUGCUUUUGCAGGAGAUGAAGGCAUCAACGCUGCUCUGUGGUUUCUCUGUGGUAGUCACGGUGAUCUUUGAGUUGCCCAUCUUUGCCAAAGCGCAGUGGUUACUUUCCACCUUUGGAACCCGCAAGCUGGUGGUGGCUGCACAGGCGGCCUGGGUUGUUCGUGCCGCCUUUUAUUGGCGCAUGUCCUCCGCCUGGAUGGUUCUCUUGGUGGAGCCUCUGCACGGAGUCACCUUUGCCUUGGCAUGGACGGCCGCCAUUGAUUUCGUGAAGAAACCGCACGUGUCAGGUGAAGGUUUGGAAGCAUCCGCGCAAGGGCUGCUGACAGCGUGUUUUCAUGGCCUGGGGCCCAUCAUCGGACUGCUGGGAGGAGGAGUUCUGUUCGAUACAUUGGGAGGACACACGUCUUACCUGGUCUUUGCGCCGGGGGUGAUGAUCUCUGGUUGGCUCUACUACCUGCACGCCGGCACUGCCAACGACCUUCCGGACGAGAUCAAUCCCAGCGCGUCGCGAGAACAGAUCACCUUGGGCAAACAUACACCCAGUGCAGUGGAGAGUGAUGGAGAGGAUGCCACCUGA